CACCGAGGGCCGAGGAUUUGGAGCCAGGAGAGAGGCUCUUUCAGCAAGUCUAUCGGCCGAAUAUGCGGGUAGCAGACUUUCCAGAAGAUGAGCAAACAGACCAGGAGGAGCCAGACAACUUCCCAAAGAAAAGAAGGGGCAAAGCAGAAUGGUUGGCUGCCAACCAAGAACUGAAGAAAGAUCCUGCAUACGGAAAGAAGUGGGUACUGGACCCGAGAAAGAGCGGCCCGAAGAAGAAGCGAUGGGCCGUUGGAGAGGUGGUUGAUGAAGUCCAGGACAUCGACAAGGAUGCAUCACGCUUGCGGACCAUGUAUAAAAGACCGCGCUUUGAUUGGAAGGACGCACAGAAGGAUGAUCUUCGAACAGAAGCAAUGUCCGGAAAGAUGGCCGCCAUUGGCAAUGAUGAGGUCUGGAUCUCAAAAUUUUUGUCCCACUCGGGAGUUUGCUCGCGGCGCAGAGUCAAGGAACUUGUGCUGCAAGGUCGAAUUACCGUGAACGGUGAUGUCAUCCAGGAUCCAGUCUUGAAGAUUGACCCAAAGAAGGAUACAGUUGCCGUUGACGGGAAGGUGCAGAACCUCCGAACCCUCGAUGAAUUGGUUUGGGUCAUGCUCAACAAACCCAAGGAUAUACUGUCAACCUUGGAGGAUCCAGCUGGCCGCAAGACGGUCGCAGAUUUGGUGCCCUUCGCACGUGCAAGACGUUUGGUGCCAAUUGGACGGUUGGAGAGAAAUUCCACAGGCAUCAUCCUUUUGACCAACGACUACGAAUGGCACACGGUCUUGGCGCAUCCGCGCUACGAGAUGCCAAAGCGCUACCGUGUGACAGUCUACAACGGAGCACCGGACAGCCAGCGGAUGCAGGCACUGCAAACUGGAUUACAUUUGCCUGAUGAAGGGCGGCCAUGUCUUCCCCUGGAAGAGCUGGAAGUAUUGCAGAAUGAUCGACGACUCGGCAUGGCAACCUUGGGCUUUGUCAUGAAGGAAGGAAAGUACAGGCAGAUCCUCAGGAUGUUUGAGUUCAUUGGGCAUCCCAUCCGAGCAGUCAAGCGCACCCAGAUUGGAUUGGUGAGACUUGACAAAGAGCUCAAGGCCGGGGAGUACAGAAUGCUGACUCCCAAAGAAAUCCGCAGGCUGAAGGGCUCAACGAUCUUAAAGAAGCCAUUGGGUGAUCCGAUUGCAAGGGCCAAGAAGACCGAGAACGUUUUCAGCGGCUCAGAGGAUGACAUUGAAUUUGACGAGCUAGACAGACCACAAUCCAGGACUGGCAAGCUGCCUCAUGGCCGAAGAAGAGAGGGAGACGGAACGCCACGUGGAUCUCGUAGAGGAUUGAAGGCCUUGAAGGCGGAAGAGGAAGAACCACAGGAAGCCUCCUUGCAGGGUUUGCGGGCUUUAGAAGACUCUGCAUAUAGAGAAGGAGGCGCCAGUGGUCCAGAGCAAGAUGACUGGGAGACGAGUUGGAUCCAACAGCUGGAUGAAAUGAGCAAGAGAACUAGAUGAGCGUGGCGACGGGCGAGGGAACCGAGGCUGCCAGGCUGCUUCACCACGGGCUUCCGUUGACUCUGUACUUAGGCGUUUCACCAGAUGCGUCAGAACUGUACGCGCCAAGAAUAGUGCCAGGGCAGAGGGGGCUCAGCCAGAUAGCCAAGCAGAGAACGAGCCAGGUUCUAGCCG